CAGCCCACAGCCACCCUCCCACGCGGAGUCCCAAUCCCAACCCAAAGAACUGAAAACCCUAGCCGGCGGCGGCGGCGGCGGCGUAGCAGCAGAGGCUCCGGAGCAGAAAGAGGAGGUUCCAGCGGGAUCCCCAGCAGCAGAGCCGACACAGGCCCGGGGCGUGCGACCGGAGGCGAGGGAGAUGACGCAGAAGCAGACCCUGUUCAAGGGGCAGAGCAAGAAGAAGACCGUCCCUCCCAACCGCCACGGCAAGGCGCCCCACGUUCGCAAAGGGAAGAGGGUCGUGAAGCCGACCAAGUUCACAAAGGACAUGGACGCCGACAAGGAACUCACCAAGUUCAUCAACCAGUGCAACGAAAUAAAGGCUGCUAAUCUUGCUAGCAAAGAAGGCGGAGACCUCAACAUAGUGAAGGCGGACGGUGAUCAAUCUAAAUCAAAGAAGUAGGAAGCAAGAAGGUGAUAAAAAACUGAAGAUGAUUGGGUGCAGUGUGAUCUGUGGUAAUGCCAUGCAUGCUGGGUUCUUGAAGAAAUUUAGUGCCAUGUGGCUGGGUAGAUGGGCAUGUUUAUUACAAAGCUUUGUUCUGUGGUGUAACUUGCAACAUGGCAUACCAGUUUUGUUCUUUAGCAGACUUUAAAUUAUGUUGAAAAUGUUGGUAUGUAAUUAUCCGAUCCGUUGCAACAUACUCUUUUUUUUUUUGGGCCGUGGGUCAAUGCGAGCGCCGUUGCAGGCUGUCAGUGUAAAA